AUGGCUGGCCGAGGGGGCUGCCUCUGCCACUUGAACGAGGACAAUGCGCGGUUCGCCCUCUUGGCUCUGCUGAUCGCCCUGUACCUGGUGUGCGGGGCUGCCGUCUUCUCGGCCAUCGAGCAGCCCAAGGAGAGGGAAUCCCAGCGCCAGUGGCAACAGAGGAAGGAGAACUUCACCCGGCGUCACAACAUUAGCUGGGCCGAGCUCGGGAACUUUCUGCGGGACUACGAGCGAGCCAAUGUGGCCGGGGUUAGGGUGGACGAGACCAGACCCCGCUGGGAUUUUACUGGCUCAUUCUACUUCGUCGGCACUGUCGUUUCGACCAUAGGUUUUGGGAUGACCACGCCGGCGACCGUGAGCGGGAAGGUCUUCCUGAUAUUCUACGGCCUGGUCGGCUGCGCGGCCACCAUUCUCUUCUUCAACCUCUUCCUGGAGCGGCUGAUAACAGUCCUGGCCUACAUCCUGAAGACCUGCCACGAGAGGCAGCUGAGGCGGAGGGGGGUCCUGCCCCAGGAAGACUGUCCGGAACUGGGCAACACCAGCGAGGUGGACAGCCUAGCAGGCUGGAAGCCCUCCGUCUAUUAUGUAAUGUUGAUCCUGGGCCUGGCAGCCAUCACCAUUUCCUGUUGUGCCUCAGCCCUGUACACCCCAGUCGAAGGCUGGAGCUACCUGGACUCCAUCUACUUUUGCUUUGUGGCCUUUAGCACCAUAGGCUUUGGUGAUCUGGUGAGCAGCCAGAACAUGAGGUACGAUUACCAGGGGGUUUAUCGGUUUGGCAAUUUUCUGUUCAUCCUGAUGGGGGUGUGUUGUAUUUAUUCUCUGUUUAACGUUAUAUCCAUCGUCAUAAAGCAGUUCCUCAACUGGAGCCUGAGGAGACUGGAAUGCAGGUGCUGCCUCAGGUGCCAACAGAAGCUAUUCAGGCCGGGCAGGAAUGCCGUGGUUCCCGGGGUCACCGGCGGCAGGCGGAAGAUCUCCAUCGAGACGGACGCCUUCAACGAGAGUGAGGUGGUGGACGGGCGAAGGCUGUCCGGGGAGAUGAUCUCCAUGAGGGACUUCCUGGCUGCCAACAAGGUCUCGCUGGCCAUCAUGCAGAAGCAGCUGCUGGAGACAGCGAAUGGGCAUCCCAGGGCCAGUGGCCACGCUCCCCGUCACAACGGCUUCUCCGAGGGAGUGGGGGCUCUGGCUAUUAUGAACAAUCGGCUGGUGGAGACCAGCGUGGAUAGAUGAGCUUUUCACAAGUGACUGCACAAUGUGGAUCCAACCACAGCUCUUGAUUAAGCCUUAAUGAC